CCUGGAUGGCCGAGGCUGGUGUCGUUGUUCUUGGCUCUGCCUCACGUUGCGCACAAUUCAAGCAGCCCUCCACAGCAGUAUGCGUUGCAACGAGCUGUAGCCCGGUUUGAAAACACUGUUGAAGUGUAAUUCGGCGAAGUCGGACUUUGUUUCCGAAGUCUUUGUGGUCUGUUGCCAUGUUGUUGCACUGUUUGUUAAUGCGUGCAGUCAACAGUCUCCUCUAAUAUUGCCAUUGUAUGCCGGAUUGUGAGGCUGUCGAAGGUAGUUGCGCCGUGUGACUCCCAAAAUUCGGUUUUCCUGUGUUAUCCAAGCCUCUGUUCGCACUUGUCGAGAGUUGGUGUGAGAAUGUCCACUGCGUAGUAGUCGUCGACGACGAAGGUCACUUGGUUCUCGGUUUUCCUCGCGUCUGUGAGCUUAUCGGUGUGAUGUUACAAGUUGACGAUGUGCAGGGUAUGUGAUGGCUAUGUUCUCUUAGGACAGAGUGAUUCUCAAAUUAAGUAAUGACGUUAUCCGCUCACCACUCGAGAAUGAUUUAACAAAAUUACACAUUAUGUGGAUAGUGGCAUCUUCAGAGCAUUAGCUCCGAAACUACUAUUUGCAAUAACUUGGACGAGUUAGUAAUAAACGAACUGUUCAAAGACUCGCCACUGCAAGAAUUUCUCGACAUGACGGAACCGCUACGGAAGCCUAAAGUUCCUCGCAGGAAAGAGUUUAAAGAGAGCUUUAAGUUAUUGGAAAAAGAAGCACAGGCUCUGCGUGAGACCCGACUGGAGCCGUUUGUAGCUUCACCUGAUUUUAAGGGAUCGUCGCAGACACUCUUGAGUUCUCCCGAAGCUGUUGGGAUCAACGGACUCAGUUCUCGUGUCACCGAGGGGAGGUACUCGGAUCCAGGCUCAAGUGGGCCUCCUCAACGAACUUCACGACGUUCGGCGUUUGAGGAGCAACUGAAGAAUUCGGACAUGUUUGUCGUAUCUCCGGAGGGAUCGCAUAAGGUUAUAGAGGUAGCUAGAACCUCUCAGGAUGCUGACAAGCCAUCGCAAAAAUUAUAUCUACACUUCAGUGACCUCACUUAUACUGUAUGUAAAAAGCAAUCCCGGUGGCAACGUUUUCAGGGGAUGUUCUUGCCAGGUCUCAAACAACCAGCGCCCAAGCCACUGCGCUUAUUGGAUGGAAUUUCAGGAGAGGCUAAAGGUGGCGAAAUUCUGGCCGUAAUGGGACCCAGCGGCUCCGGAAAAUCUACGCUCAUUGAUGCACUUGCGCAGAGGAUUGACGCUGUGACAGGCAGCAUGACACUGAAUGGCAAUCAGUUCAGCGAACGUUUGCUUAGGAACAUUUCGGCCUACGUUAUGCAGGACGACCUACUAUAUCCAAUGCUUACAGUCAAAGAAACACUCCUUUUUGCAGCAUUUUUUCGGUUGCCGCCAUCUCAAUCAAAGGCGGUCAAGAAAGCUCGGGUUUCCAAUUUGUUGAAUCAACUCGGUCUACUGAGAGUUGCAAACACAAUUAUCGGAGAUGAAGGCCACCGCGGUGUCUCUGGAGGUGAAAGGCGCCGUGUCUCAAUUGGUAUUGACAUCAUCCAUGACCCUCUCAUUUUGUUCUUGGACGAGCCGACAUCAGGGUUGGAUUCCACAAGUGCUUAUCUGGUGGUGCGCACACUCCAAAGUAUUGCAAAAACGGGAAGUUUGGUCGUGCUAUCGAUACAUCAACCAAGCUAUCGAAUUAUGGGCCUCUUUGACCGCUUAAUUAUACUGGCCUUCGGUCAAAAAAUUUUUGGUGGCUCACCGAAGGAUCUUAACCAAUACUUCGAGCAAUUUGGACGCCCUGUCCCAAAGCACGAGAAUUGCACAGAACAUGCAUUAGACCUUAUACAGGAAUUGCAUGGGUCUAAAGAUGGAAUCAAGCAAUUAGUUGAAUUCCGCAUAAUUUGGGAAGAGAAAUCGAAUCCAUCGGUUUCCAUCGUAGAAUCUUCAGAAGUCAGUGCAUCAAUAUCAGGUGUUCUGUUAAAUAACGAGUUGCUUUCCACCAACCAAUCCAAUGAAACAUCGACGAUGGAGGAAAAAGCAUGGCGUCUCAAAAUGAAUUCAGACAUGGAAUUUGCAAAUCCCUGCUGGGCUGAAAUUAUGGUAUUGGUUAGGCGGUCUUUGAAGAACAUUAACAGAACUCCGGAACUUUUUCUGUUGCGACUAUCCACAGUCAUGGUGACUGGUUUUAUUCUUGCCACCAUCUUCUGGCAUCUUGAUCACAGUCCUUUAGGUGUCCAGGAACGAUUAGGAUUCCUCGCAUUUGCAAUGUCAACAACAUAUUAUACCUGUGCAGAUGCACUGCCAGUUUUCCUUCAAGAGCGGUUUAUAUUCCUGAGGGAAACAGCAACUAAUGCGUACCGGAAGUCCUCAUACGUUCUAGCACAUGCUAUCAUUUAUGUACCAUUUCUUGCCAUCUUGGCUAUGGCAUACAGCGUCAUCAUCUGGUGGGCAGUGGGUUUAGCAGGUGGAGGCCCCGGCUUUCUUUUCUUUUUUCUCAUUGUGUGGGCAUCAUUCUGGGCAGGUAAUUCUUUCGUGACUCUGUUGUCUGCUGUCAUGCCCAACGUUAUGCUUGGGUACACAGUGACUGUGGCAGUGCUCGCGUACUUUCUUCUAUUAAGUGGGUUUUUCAUCUCAAGGCUGCGAAUUCCUUGGUAUUGGAGAUGGUUCCAUUAUAUUUCAAUCAUCAAGUACCCAUAUGAAGCGAUUUUGAUCAACGAAUUCGAGAGUAGCAAAUCAUGCUUUCAAACUGGACAACAGAUAUUUGAGGGUACUCCAAUGGCUGAUUUAGAUGAAAGUGUUGUGAGCGAAUUGCUCCAUUAUCUUCGGUUAUCACCCACGUUACAACAUACACCGCAUGCGGAGUUGUAUCCAACAUCAUGCAUUUUAACUGGACAGGAUGUUCUACAUGCAAAAGAGAUUUCGGAACUAAGCAAGUGGAAAUGCUUUGGAAUUACAAUUGGAUUUGGUUUUGUGUUUAGAUUUCUAUUUUAUGUUGUGAUUAGAAUGUCUGGAAAAAACAAAAGACAAUAAUAAUUUAAGUUUUGAUGGAGUUUAUUUUGUGCUCUUACGAUAGAAAUCGGAAAGUCUUUUAGUUUUAAUAUGCAUACUUAAAAUAUGUCACAACCGUGUCAAUCAAUUGAAGUUAUGAAUUUCCCAUUUUUAACA